UGUGAACCUUGGCGUCCCCAUAGAAUAAUUGAACCUGUAUAUUGAAAAAAUUCGAAAACAUAUCUGUUAACACAAACUGAUAAGAAGAGGAUGGUAAGAAGAUGAAGAUGUCAGUUCAAUCGAACGAUGUAUUUGAUAACUUUUAGAUGAUGAAAACAUUUCAAGAUCACUUAAAUAGCAAAGACUCCACGGAAUCAGUCGGUACGUAUCGUAAGAACGUGAGCGAACUUACACCAAAGCGAAAUAAACAACCAACCAAACCUGUGUAUUUGAUAGGAACGAAAUAAACAAAAGCGGCGAACUUGAGCGAACUUAAGAAUUUUGAUCAGUUGUUCGCGAAAUAUUGUUUAUGAUAAUUUAAGUUACUCAUAGUGAAAAAAUGGAUGAGGAAAAAUUUAUAUCUCUGGUUGAAAACAAUCCAAUAUUGUAUGACAAAAAUCAUAAUGAUUUUAAAGACAACGAAAAAAAGAAUAUGAUUUGGAAGCAAAUAGCUGAUGAACUGGAAGUUAAUGAGAAUGCAGUAAAGAAGCGGUGGAAAAGUCUAAGAGAACGCUUCGGUAAAGAAUCACGAGAGCGUGCGUCUGGGAGUAGUACAUCGAUAGAAUGGCAUCUCUACGAACAGUUGAUGUUUUUGAGGAAACAUAUACUCCGACGCGGUCCAGGCAGUUUAAUGCUUUCGAAUGCGACACCAACAUUACCACCAAUGGUAUUUCAACUUUCUACAUUGGUGCCUAAAUCCGAAGCAAUAUCACCUACCGAAGCAAUAUUAUCCGCCGAAGCAACAACACCCCCCGAAGCAAUAUCACCGGACGAAGUAAUAUCAGCUGACGAAGCAAUAUCACCCACCGAAACAAUAUCAUCCGACGACGUGUCCCCAACUCCAAAAUUCUCUUUUCCCCGACAACCAACCAAAAAAAAAAGAAAGAUUGGUGCGCAUGAUGAAAUUGACAGUGCCAUUUUGAAAGCAACAGCAAGUUUCGACAGUUUUGUUAAGAGCAGGUCACAAGAACGACAAUACAAUGAAACAAUUCGAGGCUUUGGUCAAAUGGCAAUGUCAAUUUUAUCAAAAUUUAACGAUAAAAAGCAAGUCAGAGUCAUAAAGCAAUGCACUGACAUACUCAUGGAUGCGCAAAUGGAAGAAUAAUAGAAAUUAUAAUUUAAAAUUAAUACAAAACAUAAUUAGAGUAAGACUAGACUUAUUAUUU